AUGAUGAAGAAAUUGGCGGGUCGAAUCGGUAGAGAGGGUCGCACCUUGUUGCAUUACGUUGCACCGAUGAAGUAUAAGAGAAAGCACGAGGCCGGCGUUGUAUAUGAACUACAAGAAGAGCUCCGUUGGUUCGAGCGUGUGAGGAACAUAACCCCUUCGUACCUUCACAUACAUUGCAAUGAUGAGAAGAACCAGACGGGAAAAGAACUAUUUGAAACGGAGCAUGAUGCUAUGCUAAAGAGCGCACAAGAAUGGCUGAAGCAGACAUCUCAAUCAUGCUCAGCAGUGGCUGUGUUAGUGGCCACCGUUGUGUUUGCAGCAAUUUACCAAGUUCCAGGAGGAACUGAUAACAAUGGCGUCCCCAAACUGAUAGGAUCUUCCGUUUUCUGGUUCUUCACGAUCAUGGAUGUUUUGGCACUUGGGAGUUCUCUGUCUUCAGUUGUGAUGUUCCUCUCCAUACUCUCAUCUCCAUUUGACAUGUGGCAGUUCCGUAGCUCACUCCCUCGAAGGCUCUCGAUAGGCUUCACCAUGCUGUUCUUCGCGUUGAUUACGACCAUGAUGUCCUUCACCGCAACCAUUUUGCUCACCAUAAGUAGGAGCCUGAAUUCAAAAAGAUGGAGCGCCAAUUUGUUGUAUAGCGUUGCGUUUAUACCUGUCACCAUAUUUGCAUUGAUGCAGUUCCCACUCUACAUGACUUUCAAGAGAGCCGCCACACAAGUUUGGAGCAUGUUUAAGAGGUUGGUUCCAAGACGUGUGAUCAAGUCAACUAGAAGGUCCGGGAAAAGAAGGUUUCGUCGCUCUGUUGUCAAGAAAUUUCAACACUCCUAG